GGAGGACUCCCAGAGCUGUCUGUGGUGCUGAAACCUGCUGCAGGAUCAUCACUGACUGUUUCAAGAUCAGUGAAUCCUCAAAGAGAUGUUCUUGCUACCUCAGGAUGAAAUACACAAUUUAAAAACAAGUUUUCAACAAAUCAACAACGCAAUGAAGAACGAAUGAAACCUUUAGGUAAUUUAAAUCCAACAAAAGACACUGCAGGCCCUGUGAUUGAUCUGAGGAGUAACUGAGAUUUAUACGUCACUAUGUAAUCUCAAUAAUGGUGUUUAUAGGGCUUUUCUUCGAUAAUGUUUAAUGAACUGGCUUUGUUAUGUUUCCAGCAGUAAUUUCAAGUAUUGAUAUUUAGUUCUCUUCUGAGUGAUUAUGUGCAGGAGAAGCACCCGACACCAGCCAAUUAGACGUGAUUAAACCUCGCUGAACAUGCCUCUGCUUGCUUAUUGGUUUACCUGAGGGCUUCUUAAUUAGCACCAGUGAUCCGUACCCUGUUAUUUCUGCUUGUCCCCUGGCUAAAGGGAAACACCACACUCCAGUGUAAUCAGCUGCUGCCAGAUUUAAUGCUUUGAGAUCAGAAAUCAGACUCAGAGACAAAGAUGAGCAAGCAGUGACCCUCCUAGCUUCUGACUGCACAACAAAAGUUCCACAAUAAGCAAUUUGUUAAAUACAUCCAGGAUGAGCGACGCACCCUACUGGGUUGUGGACUAUGAUUUCUCCUCCCCCUCUCCGCCCGGGUUCCCUAGAGGGUCGAUGGGGAUGCAGCCCCCAGCAGGACACCCUGAACAAGGUUCGGCCCUGUGCUUUGUGGGCCUCCUGGUUCUGCUGCUGCUUUUCCUGGUGGUACGCUGUGUGCGUAUCUUACUAGAUCCUUACAGCAGCAUGCCUUCAUCAACAUGGACAGACCACAAAGGACUAGACAGAGGACAGUUCGACUAUGCAAUGGUGUAAAAAGAAAGGGCGACUAAAAGAAAUGAAGGAUGAGAUAUAAAGUAGGUACUCAAAUGUUGUUUGGGUUUCUUGCAAACUAUGUCAAUGUUGGCACUCAACUGAUGAUUGGUUAACAUAAAUUCUUAGUGUAGAUACAGCAUCUUGCAAAGGCAUUAGCACCCCCUUUUUUAAGUUAUUUUUCCAGCUCUGGUGGCCUUUAUUAUUAUAGAGUAUUUUUAGACAAUGAGUAGACAUGAAAUGAUGUGGAAAGAGUGGGGUAAGGGAGUGCAGAAAGCGUCAACGGGCCGGGAUUCGGUCCCGCGACAGCAUGCAUUGGGGACUGAUGCCUCCAUACAUGGGUGGGGCACUUAACCCCCAUGCCACCAGCGCCACACCUGCUAGCACCCCUUGAACACAUUUUGCCACUGGUUCUCAACUGUACUUUGACUGGGCCAUUCUAACACAUGAAUAUACCUUGAUUCAAAUCAUCCUUUUGUUGCUCUGGUUGUACGUUUAAUGUUAUUUAGUUGGUUGUGAGUUGUAUGUUUAGUGUAUUUAGACCCAUCCAAAAAAAAAAAUUAUUUCAGUCUUAUGCGACAUUUACUAAUCAGGUGUGUAUAUUUCAUAUAUGAUAUGAGAGGGAACGGGGUUAAAAACAAAUGCACAUCACACUCUUCUGAUAUUUCUAUGGGAAAAAGGGGAAAGCCAUGCCUUUUUUUCCCUUCACAAUGAUGCAUUUCUUUGUGUUAGUCUGUCAUAUAUAAUCUCAUAAUGUGAAGAAGGGGUACGAACACUUUUGUAAGACACUAAUUUAUAAAAGCAGGGAAUGCAGAAACAACAACAGCAGUAAAUCCAUCUGAAUCUGCAGUAAAUAUUUGUGUUCUCAAUGUGGGGUUUUGAUGCUUCAGUGACAAACAGAACCAGUAGAAAAAGAUCUGUAUCACUAUAUUACAUUGUGACUGUUCUUUUUCAUGUCAUUUUCUAAUUCUAUAAUGCUUUACAAAUCCCAGAGCUGAAACAUAAAUAGAUAUCCUGAUUGAAUAAAAGCUAAGGUAAAUGAGUUUAGGGUAGACAUGGAGGGAAUUCAGACUCAACUAAUACACACUGUUAUCCCUCCUCUAGAGGCCUAAACUUUAAAUGCGGUCUUUGCUGUUGUAAAGUAUGAAAGUUUUGCAUUUAUUUCCCAGGCUGUUGUUACAUUUUAUUUUUAAUAAAAAUGUAUUGUCAUUGUAAGUCCUGCUGGAUUUUGCUUGGCCUACAUACCACCUCUUGGAUCCUCAUGGAAAAUGAUUUCAUCAAUGAUGUCUCUUGAAAUUAAACUAUUUGUACUGUUUCUUUUGUAAUUUAAUUUGUUUUUGUCAUAAUGAUAGAACAAAUUUGAGCUUAUGAGGCAUAACAUUUACAGUAGCAUACUUUGUUGUAGGGUUUUUUCUUCUUUAAGAGGCUUAUAAGGCUCAAUGUGCAGGGUCACAGUGCUGACUGAUGACCAGCCGCAUUAAGUUAUGAUUAUGAAAUACAUGUACGCUGCUACCCUCCCCCUAAUCGGUUUUACCUCCGUCCAUUGCACUACCAAAAAUCUAACUAGCACUACCAUUGG